CCGGGAAACAUACCGAUCAGUUGGCUUGAAAACGAAGUUUUGGCGUCCAAAACGUUUGGGUUUGUUAUGGUCACAACAGCCAACAAGUUAUUUUAAAUCAAUAGACAACAUGUCUUAUAGUGAAGAUCGACGUGACGAAGAAUCACCUCUUGGCAACAAAAUGACAGAAAAAGAAAUAGUGAAAACACUCCUUUCGUCUUCCCCUGUAAGAUUAGAAGACUUGGUACCUAGUGGUCCUUUGAGAUCUAUGGAUGCUGCUAGAGUGGCAACUUGGAUUCUAUGUCAACAUGCAAAGAAGAGAAAUAGUAUGAUCAUCAUGCAACGGAUAAAGUGGUUAACUGCUGUUGUUCAGUAUGGUGUUGUGGAAUCUCUAGCUGAUCUUGCAAAGCUUUUUAACCCUCUACUACAGCUAAUUUUCAUCUCUAAAUAUCAAGCAUACAUUUGCCAUCUACUCUACAUGAUUGCAACACCCAAGUUGUACAAGUUUCAAAUAGAAAGGAUUAUCAGGAAUGUAAAUAUAGUUGGACUCACCAAACCAUUAGCUGGUCUCCUAGGUCGGUUGAAAUCCCUUCGUCCAGAUUUAGUUCCACAAGCAGUCCCAUAUCAAAGCAAUGUUGUUUCUUUUCCAAAAGCCCCAUUCUCCAUGUGUGCUGGUCUUUUUGCACUUUCUGAGCGUAUCAAAGAAAAUGUGGAGAACACCAACCAAAUUACAUUCUUCAUUGAUAGCGAGCAAAAGAGGGCCACCAAAAAGAUGAGACUAGAAAUUAUACCAAGAGUCCAGCAUAUCUACCUGGAAUCAUCCUUGGAAGUUGACUUCCAGAAGAUUGUGCCUUUGUCCCAGUUACAUAGUUUGGAGGACAUACUCAAUAAGAUAAGCACACUUCGACUGCCUAACCAUAUUGGAUCGCUACUAAACAAGAGAGAACAUCACUAUGCGCUGUUCUUGAAUUUUACACCGCAUAUGGAUGGACAGUUAUCUCAGUGGCUUUAUCUUACUCUUCAUUACGAGUUCAUCGAAAAAUCCCCAUCUCAAGGCAGAGAAGGAAAGACAUUGCUUCUGGACAGAAUCAAAGAGUUCCAGGAAUGCACGGGUCGAAAGCUAAUAGCUGUCUACAAUUUUCUAUCGGAAUAUCUCCGCGUAUGGGAUGGAAUCCAAUUCAGUGACCAAAUUUUGCAACUUUUGACGCAGAUUCCGUUUCUUCCAUACACGGAUCUCUACAAAAACUUUUUACGGAUUUUGGAGGACUUAUUUCAUUCCUGUCAUACGCCGUUCAGGAUAAAAAUCAUUCAUUCUUGUCAACAGCUGAUUCAGAAUUUGCUUAUUGAAAAGUUUGGACCUGCUUCACGGGCUAAGGCAUUAUUUCACAAAUCAAACGAAGCAGCGCCAGGGGAAAACAUAGACAAAUUGGUAGAAGGUGUCUAUGUCGUCAGUGAAGUUAUACGUUUUGCCGAACGCCUUUUGAACACGGCCUUGAUGUCCUCCAAUGAUCAUUCGUUGGUCCUGAGGUCGGUUUUAUUUCAUCUCUGGCUAAUUGAUGUUGAAAGCGAAUUUGAACUGCCCUUCCGUACAUUUUGCCAGCCAGUGACCGUUUAUGCAGCAUUGUUUUCCACUUCUCCAGUACCAGUUGCACUCCUGUGCCAGCUCCUGUGCAAGUAUAGCACGCUUGGGCUUAAACCAUUGAUGGCUAUGUCAACAUUUCCUGAGCUCGAAGAGUUCCGUCGAGAUUCGUUGGAUAACGCGUCCAUGUUAAAUCGCUACGUUAUCGACACGUCCAGUUGCCUAGUGUACCAAAAGGCCUUUGUUCCAGAUACGAAUUCGCUGCUAUCCUUAACUCCGCGGAGCAACGUAAAGACGUUGUCCAUGUUGGGACCUUACAAAGCGGCCUUUGAUUUGAAAACACAUCCUGCUUUUAUUGGUAUUGCCCGCGAAUGGAUCAAAUCCAAACCCGGUUACUCUGCCAACAAGUCGUCUGCAUUAAGGACGUAUGAGGAGAUUGAAGCCGAUUCGGAAAGUUUCAUCCGCUAUCUGUUUAGCUAUUUUCCAGCAAUACGAGAAUAUAUACAGGAAUUUCAUCGUGUCUAACCGCAGAGUGACGAAAAAUAUCCGGAUUUCCUUUAACCGUUCUAAACCCAAGACCCAACGCUUUUAGUUUUUAACACGUUUUAUUUGCAUGUUCACUGCUUUUAAUUUGUUAUUCAAUUUAUCCAUGACUUGUUAAUAGCGAAUUUUAGCCAGCCAUAAUUUCAACGGCCUGAUGCACUACUAGUUCCGACAGACGAACGAAUAAAAUAUUUUACAAUGU